AUGGCUCUGGCCUUCCUCUCCGAGGUCGGGCCCGAUCGGCCAGCAGCGCCGAGGAGCCGCCAGCCGCGGCCCGCGAGGUGUUCCAGGGACGCCCUCUUCGUCCUGGCGUGGGCUGGCUGUCAGGCAGUGCGGCUGCUCGGCCUGCAGGUGCUGCAGGGGACAUCCGAGAGUCGUCCCACGAGUUCCGAUUCGACGGUUCAACGAACUGUUGUCCUGGCUGGGAUGGCCUUUCUCGACAAGUAUACGGGUCCACUGGGCGCGGCUGCCCUCGACAGGGCACUGCUGCAGAUCUUGGGCUGGGCCAGAGGGUCUGCUGAAGCGAGCUCCCGCGGGAGAUGUGCGCACUGCUUCUGGGUGACGCGCUCGUUUCUGUGGCAGCUUCGGACCGUCGUAUCCAAAGUGGAGCGCUCUAUCUGCCAGCUUGUGCUACUGCACGGCAGCAGCACUUUUGGUUUCCAGCCCGAGUUUCUUUCUUCCUUGUUCACCGCGGUAACAUCAUCAGGAAUAUUGCUAUGCUUAUUUGUCAGUAGAGACUGUAGUGCGCGAGGUGGCCCUGGUGUUAGUGUUGAGCAACGCCAGCGCCACGGAGCCGAUGUCUCAGAUCUCGUCGGGCACGUCUCACGGAAGGGGAAGAAGGCGCAGUAA